AUGACUAACGCUUUCGCAAGUUUGCCUCUUUAUCCAUUCCUUAUUUAUUGGAAUGCGUCACUCUUCCGGAUCUUUCGUGAGCGUGCCUCUUUAUCCAUUCCAGUUCCCUUUCCCAGGUUUAGACCGAGAGAUUGUUGCGGUAAAGCCGAACAAUCUGUAAUGAUAUGCGGAGAUAUUCAACCCUUAAUCUCAGUAGAAUUAGAAAAAUGGCUUCUAAAGGCCAACACUGGCUUAAAGGAUAUACCUUCUUCGGUAUCUAACAUCACAGAUGAAGAUAUGGUGUUACUAAAUACCGGCUUUCAACAUAUCCUGAUGUUAAGGGUAGGAAUUAUGUUAUUUAACAAACCUCUUAGCGAAUCUAUACUUAUAUUUAAAUAUAAUCUAAUCACGGAUUUAUAUAUUCUCCCAAAGCAUCAGAAAUGA